UUAGUAUUUAAUAGAUCGUUUAACAAGAUCAUUGAAAAUGGUCGCAAUUGAAGAAGAAACAUGUAUAGAAGUUAUAUUACCAGGCCCACCACAACCCCUCAUCAAACCGAUUGAAUUGAAAAACAUUGGAUUUCUACAAAAACAUCCCACCUAUAUUAAUUGUCCAGCAUGUUUGGCGGAAUCAAUGAGUGUAGUGCGUCUGGAAGUUGUAACAUGUUGGCAAAAGUUUUUAAAAAUUACCAAUAUGUGCAAAACUUCAGAAAGUCGCUAUGACAUCAAUCAUUAUUGCAUUAUUUGUGGUUGCUUUAUCGGUCGUUAUGUAUCGAUUGGUUGCGGUGAGCGUUGCAUAUCGAAACGUGCCCGCAAGAAGGCUGCUCACGAUGCCAUGACUUUGAAAGUUAAACCGCGCGAUUGUGCGGAACACAUGCAGAAAGCAAGGGAAAGAGUAAAAGAAAAUCGUGCCAAGGAAAAGGCAAAAAAGUCGGAGGAGAAAAAAGAAACGAAUGAAAAGAAAUAAGAUCGAAUAUUAUUUGUAAGAUAUGAGAAAUUUGUUGUAAAAUAAACCUAAAUUUUAUAGAUCAAUAUAA